AUGCCGGCCGACAGCUCGGAGGAGCUCCUGCAGCAGGCGGCCGAGGCGGGGCACCUGCUGGCGGAGGAUCGCCCCGCCGCUCCCCGAGGGCUCGCCGGCAAUCGCCGGCGCGCGGCCGGCGCGGCGGCGGCGGCAGCUGUUGCGCUCGCGCUGGUGGCCGCGGCGGCCGUGUGGCGCGGCGGCGGCGGCGCGGGUCGGGAGGCGGCCGACGUCGCCGCGGCGAGGCUGCAGGUGGAGACCAAGUCGAGACACGCCACGAACUCGAAGACGGCCCAAGUCAGGCCGAAGGUGGCCGCGGACAGUGUGACGGUGGCCACGGACAGCGCGCCAAAGGAGCCGUGCGUGUGGAAGGGUGGCGACUGCACGCGGUCCCAGUGUUGCCUCGACGGCGGCGACCACGGCUUCCAGUGCUUCCAGCGCGACGGGGAUCUCGCCGUGUGCGCCGAGUCUUGCGCUGAGGGCGUACACGAGGAGGACGACACCGUGCUUUACGACAAGUCUGGGAACACGUACAAGCCAGAGUGGACUUGCAAGAAGGUCGGGAAGCGGUCCGACCCUGGUUGCCAUGUGUUCGAGGAGAAGACGUGCCCCAAAGACCGGUGCGAAUGGAAGGCUGGCAAGUGCAAGUUACCGUGUGCGGACUUCUCCGACCAGGGCACAUGCAACGGCCGGGACGAGUGCAUGUGGCAUGGCGACACUUGCAAAGACAGUUGUUGGGUUUAUGGGAAGAGUGAGAGUUGCACCUCCGAGGAGAACAGAGACCGGUGUGUGCAGAGGGGCGACCAAUGUGCUGCCGGUUGUUGGACCUACUCUGACAGCGGCGGGUGCGGGACCGGCACCCAGUGCAUUUGGCGCACCGGGGGGUUCUGUGAAGAGGACGAGUGCUCUGCUCCUGGGGAAGACUGCACGGAGACAAAGUGUUGUAGCGGUGCUCGAGGCGGUGGUGGCAUGACCUGCUUUAAGCAGGACAAGUAUUACGCAACCUGUUCCAAGUCCUGCUCAGAGGACGGCUGGGACUGCACGGAAUUGGGGAAUCGCACCAAGACUGACCCGCACUGCAGCUGGGCAGGCCUGGACUGCUCUCAGACUGGCAUGUGCUGCAACGUGGGCUUCGAGUGCAUGGUGAAGGACGAGUUUUUCACCGGGUGCGUCCAGACCUUCGCCAUGGUGAUCCAGAAGGGCGAGCUGACAAAGGUCCAGGUGGACCUGCCCGAGGGCUGGCCGGCGGACCCGAAGUUUGUCGGGGGCGGGCAGCUCGAGUACAAGUUUCCGAAGGCCGACGACGGCGAGGAGCUGGGAACCGACUUGUACUGCGUCAUGGCCUACCUCCCAGGUUCAUAUGAGGAGGGUUUGAUGGAGGUGGCCAAGGCUAACAGCGCGAGCGUAUUCGCAUGUGACGCCUACGACUUAUUCCAGACGUGGCAGUCGACCUACGUGGAUUGGGAUUCCGAGGAGACAACUUUGCAGAACACUGACGUUUUCCUCAACGUAUGGGAGCAGGUCAAGAAAGCUGGACACCUCUGGUCGCACAGCUGGACGGUGAAAGUGGACCCGGAUUGCCUUCUCGUGCCGCAGCGUUUGAAGUGGCAUUUGGAGGCGCUGAAAGUGCCCAAGAAGCAGCCGAUCUACGUGAAAAACAACGACCUGAACGCUUCGCUGGGUAACAACGGUUUCCUUGGCGCCGUCGAGAUAUUUUCGCGCGAGGCCCUGGAGUUGUAUUACGAUUGGUGGCCGAAUUGUCAGGAGACCCUCGGGUUGGACUCUGGAGAGGACGGCUUCAUGAAGGGGUGCAUGGACGCGCUCGGUGUCGGCUACGUGGUGGACGGCGGUGGGUUCAAGCCGGAUGAUGACGUCGCAGUCUGCAAGCAGGGCAAGUGGGCAGCCUACCACCCGAUGAAGGACCAGAAAAGCUACCAGUGCUGCAUCGACAUCAUCAACGGUAUCGAACGGGCGACAGAGUGGGGCCUUUGCCCAGAAAUGCCGGACGAUUGGGCCGACAAGAUUUGGCCUGGCGCUGGGCCAGAGGGCCAUGAGCCGAGGUGGCGGAAGCAAGAUCAGUGA